AUGCAAAUUAACGAUUUGAUCUCAACUUACUUAAAGCAACUACAGUUAUAAAUCGUUAGCAUUCGCCGAGUUGCAGAGAUGCGCGGAACACUUUUUUUAAUCCCGCUUUUGGUGUGUGCAGUCCUGGCAUCUGGCACCAAUAACAAUGUGGAUUACAUGGACCUAGAUUCGAUACCGCCUACGGAUCUGCGUGAUGAAGCUAAAUUUAUGCACAACUUUUUGGUUUGUAUGGAAAAGAACGAGCCAAUUCGGACUUUCAACAUUCUAUCUCUUCCGCGUGUCUGUCUUUUCCGUUUUGUCGCGCUCCACCAAAAUUGGGGUCCCGGACUAGACCAGAAACUUUCGAAAAGUAAUGCCUAAUUACAGCGAAAAAUGUAAAAAUAAAUGUUUAUUAAUGUGUGCCACGAAAUGUAUACGAAAUAUACACGUAGCUAGCAAGCCGCUUUUCAUUACUAGA